ACAAUAUAUACUGUAUGUGUGUGUACAUAUGUAUAUAUAUAUAUAUAUAUAUAUAUAUAUUGGCAAAAGUAUCAGAACAUCCUUCAUUUGAUUCACCUCCAGUUCCAAUCACCUCCAGGGCCACAGCUGUAUAAAGUCAAGCACCUAGGCAUACACACUGCAUCUUCAAACAUUUGUGAAAGAAUGGGUCGCUCUCAAGAGCUCAGUGAAUUCCAUUGUGGUACUAUGAUAGGUUGCCACCUGUGCAAUAUGGCCAUCCGUGACAUUUCCUUGCUACUAAAUAUUCCACAGUCAACUGUUAGUAGUACUAUAACAAAAAGUGGAAGCAACUGGGAACAACAGCAACUCAGCCAUGAAGUGGUAGGCCAUGUAAAAUGACAGAGCGGAGUCA